AUGAACAAUGUGUGGACACAGUUGGAACGUCUUACCUGCACACAGUCAGCCCCACAGAGCCACACAGACAACCUCACAGACAGCCACACAUACAGCCACACAGACAACCCAACAGUCAGCCUCAAAGACAGCCCAAUAGACAGCCCAAUAGAGCCAGACAGACAACCCCAUAUACAGCCCCACAGACAGCCACACAGACAACCCAACAGUCAGCCUCAAAGACAGCCCCAUAGACAGCCCAAUAGAGCCAGACAGACAGCCACACAGACAACUUCACAGACAACCACACAGACAACUUCACAGACAGCCACACAGACAGCCACACAAGCCAAACAGACAACCCCACAGACAGCCACACAGACAGCCACACAGACAGCCACACAGAGCCACACAGACAGCCACACAGAGCCACACAGACAGCCACACAGAGCCACACAGACAGCCCCACAGAGCCCCACAGACAGCCCCACAGAGCCACACAGACAGCCCCACAAAGCCCCACAGAGCCACACAGACAACCUCACAGACAGCCACACAGACAACCUCACAGACAGCCACACGGACAGCCUCACAGACAGCCACACAGACAGCCACACAGACAACCUCACAGACAGCCACACAGACAGCCACACAGUCAGCCUCAAAGACAGCCCCAUAGAGCCAGACAGACAACCCCAUAGACAGCCACACAGACAGACAACCCCACAGAGCCACACAGACAGCCCCACAGAGCCACACAGACAGCUCCACGGAGCCACACAGACAACCCCACAGACAACCCCACAGACAGCCACACAGACAACCCCACAGAGCCACACAGACAGCCCCACAGAGCCACACAGACAGCUCCACAGAGCCACACAGACAGCUCCACAGAGCCACACAGACAACCCCACAGACAGCCACACAGACAACCCCACAGAGCCACACAGUCAGCCUCAAAGACACCCCUAUAGAGCCAGACAGACAACCCCAUAG